AAAUCUCUCUCAGAACUUCCACAUUACUUCACCAUUAAUAAGAUAAGAUGAAAUUAAUAUUUAAAUUCCUGUCUUGAGUUUUGACUCUGCAACUUCUAAAAACGUCUUAAAAAGUAGUAGUAUAAUUUUUGAUAUCUAAGUUAUCAAAACUUCUUCAUCUUGAUUCAGAUCAGAGAGACUGAGAGAGGAUGAGAGGAUCAAAGACACCAAUCCACGCGGUAGCAACAUGGGUACGAAGACAACCACCAAAAGUGAAAGCUUUUCUAGCUGUAAUUUCUGGUAUGGCAGCUUUGGUUUUCCUCCGAUUUAUAGUUCACGAUCAUGAUAACUUGUUCGUUGCUGCUGAAGCUGUUCAUUCUCUUGGUAUCUGUGUUCUUAUCUAUAAGCUCAUGAAGGAAAAGACAUGCGCUGGACUUUCACUCAAGUCUCAGGAACUAACAGCAAUGUUUUUAGCUGUCAGACUUUACUGCAGUUUUGUUAUGGAAUAUGAUAUACAUACGCUGCUGGAUUCAGCUACAUUAGUAGCAACCUUGUGGGUUAUUUAUAUGAUUCGUUUUAAGUUGAGACCGAGUUACAUGGAGGAUAAAGACAACUUCCCAAUAUAUUAUGUUGCGGCCCCAUGCGCGGUGUUUGCUGUUUUUGUACAUCCAUCCACAUCGCACCAUAUGGUAAACCGAAUAUGCUGGGCAUUCUGUGUGUACCUGGAAGCUGUUUCGGUGUUGCCCCAGUUGCGUGUGAUGCAGAACACAAAGAUUGUUGAACCAUUUACGGCUCAUUAUGUAUUUGCGCUGGGUGUUGCGAGGUUCUUGAGCUGUGCCCAUUGGGUCCUCCAGGUUUUAGACACACAUGGACGGUUACUAACAGCAUUGGGUUAUGGAUUGUGGCCAUCCAUGGUACUUCUCUCAGAGAUAGUCCAAACUUUCAUCCUUGCGGACUUCUGUUACUAUUACGUGAAAAGCGUUGUUGGUGGCCAGCUUGUUUUGCGUCUUCCAUCUGGAGUAGUAUAGAACACCUGAGAGGGAAGCUUACUUUGUGGAAAUUGUAUGUGCUGCGGUGGCAACCAAGUUAUAACUUCCAAGCGAUCUGUCAGAUUGUGGUUAUCUCUAAUUGCGCUCUAGGUGGUCAGUGAACCCACAUUUUCUGGCAUUGUUGACUUAAUAGAAUCUGGGUCUACAGUUGUAAAGUUGGAGAAAUUUUUGGUAAAUAUUUUUAGUUUUAAAAGGAUGAAUUCUAAUUCUAGGUUCUCUUUUCCUUGCUUUGUUACAUGAAACCCUUCUUUCACAGAUAAUUACCUAUCUAGCAGUUCCAUGGAUGUUCGUGGUGUAAGAAUUUUUGCUUUGCGUUAAAUCAUCAAUAAGGUAGUCAGAUGAAUUGCAACAUGCAUAAUCAUGGAGUAUAUCUUUAUUUCC